AUUGCCAAAAUAACAAAAAAAAAAAAACUAAAAUGACUUCCAACAAUAGAUAACACGAGAGAUGAGAGGGUUAGAGCGAGAGUGCUUUGACGGUGGUGGAUCACGCGGCAGAGGGACAGUACAGCACUGGGAGAGAUUCAGAACCAGAGGAAAGAAUCAACCUGCGUAUGAAGGAAUUAAUGCACGAGAGAUCAGUUCCAAGAGACCAGACAUUUGGGGUUAUGAUCGUCGGGUAUACAACCAGGCCACUGUGUUCUUCUUCACUAACUUCCCUGAUGACUGGAAACAAGAAAGCAUGUGGCAGACUUUCCGUAAAUUUGGAAGAGUUCUGGACAUCUACAGCCCGUUGAGGAAAUCAAAAAAGGGGAGCAGAUUUGGGUUCAUCAGAUUCUUAGAUGUAAGAAACGAGUGGGAGCUGGAGCAUCAACUGGACCAAAUCUGGGUUGGGGAGUUCAAACUAUGGGUCAACAGACCAAGAUUCAAAGGAAAAGAAAGUCUCAAAAAAACAAGAGCAGCAAUUGAGAAUGGGAAGCAAGUAAAGAGAGAGAAGGAACACUGGCAGAUACAGAAUAGCAAUCCUAAUAGAAAUCCAGUGAAAAUUUGGAGAGUAAAAGACAAGAAGCAGGUUAGUGAUGGUAUAGAAUUCACCGUGAAGGAGGAAGAGUACUCAUGGUUGCAAGGAUGCUAUGUCGGGACGGCACAUUCAGUUGAGAUAAUCCUUACUUUACAAGAAAAAUUCUUCAUGGAAGGCUAUUUCUCAUGCAAAGUAAGAGCAAUGGGAGGGCGCUUGGUUUUACUAGAAGGAGGAGAUAAGGAGGAGAUCAAAGAUCUUGGGGUUCCAGUUCAUGCUUGGGGCCCAAAUUUUUUUGCCACAAUUGGCACAAAGUGGGGGAAGUUCAUAACGCUGGAUGAUAGUACUAGCAAGAAACAGAGGUUUGAUAUUGGAAGAAUGUUGAUUUCUACCUCAGAGAUGGAUUUCAUAUCCAAAAACAUAAGCAUCAAGGUCAAUGGUGAACCAUUCACAAUUAAAGUAAUGGAGGAAGAAGCCACCAAUGGAAUUUUUUCCAUGAAAUUAGACCAUGUAUUCAAGGAACUCAGUGGAUCGGACAAUGAGAGUUCGGAAUCUUGGUCAUUAGGCAAUGGUUUAGAUGAUGAAUUAAGUGAUGCAUUUCUGGGCGGUGGCAGCUCAAAGAACAGCCGGAACACAACCGGCGAGAAGAAGGAUGAUAAUGACGUGGAAGUAGAGGAGGAGAGGAGGAUGGAAGCUGAAACCAUGGACGAACAACCUCAUUACCGUUGGAAUCAAAAGAGCCAAAAUUCAAAGGGAGACCAAAACUCAGCCGUGAAUGACGUCUCAUUUAAUGUAGAUGGUUCCCGAGAUAAUCUACUACCUAAUGGGGAUGACAAAAUCCAAUAUACCUGCAGCAGCAAUAAUGAAGGAUAUAUAGCUGACAAGGAGGUGGUACUGGACAGUCCAGAGGCACAGAACACUCAAAAUAUGGACAGGAGGAAUGUAUCUGCGAAAGAUGGAGAAGGAAAUGUCAGAACAGUGUCAACCGACCUCCACAACGCCGUGCUGGAGCUAUCCUUUUGGAAGGGUUUUGAGAGUGAAUCGGGGCAUGAGCAAGAAUGGAUGGGCAGAAAACAGAGGAAGCCAAAGCGAAACAGAAAAAAGAAAAGCAGAUCUUGUUGUUCAGUAUAUAUGGAGGAAGGAAAAGAGGAACGGGUGCCCAAGCCGAAGGAGAGGAAGAGAGCAUCAAAAGAGCAGGGAAUGAAGGAGAGAAUGCCGAAAUUUUCUCCUGGAUCCCACAAUCAAGUUGCAGGUGAGUCAGUCACCGAUAGUGGCAUUGAAAACAGGAAUGAGAGCCUACGCAGAGGUACAAAUCUUAGUAUUGCAGAGAAGAUUUGGGCAUUUGCAAAGGAAAUUGGAGUGGGAGACCGUGGCAAUGAAAGAGAGGUGAUCCAGAAACUAGAAGGCAUGGAAGAUCGCGAUAAGGAGCUAUUCAGGUUAUCUAAGGUCAGUAGUAACACUGUACUUGAGGGGAAUGGUGGUGGUUGCUGGUGCUUAAUGGGAGAUUUUAAUGCCAUAAGAAGUGAGUAUGAAUGGAAUGGAGGGAGAUCUAAUAGGAGGGAAAUGGCAGAGUUUGAUGAAUUUAUUAGGGAAUGUGGUCUGAUUGAUCUUCCUCUAAUUGGCCGGAAAUAUACAUGGUAUAAACCAAAUAGAGAUGUCAUGAGUAGGUUGGAUAGGUUCUUGCUCUCAGAGGAUUGGUGUCUCAAAUGGGGUGACCUUAAACAGUGGGGCUUGAAGAGAACAAAUUCAGAUCAUUGCCCAAUUUUGAUGAAAAACCUUACAAUUGAUUGGGGCCCUAAGCCAUUCCGCUUCUUUGAUGUGUGGCUUAACUCACCAGGGUGUAAAGAAAUAGUGGAAGAGGUGUGGAGCUCAACAUUAACCUCAGGUUGGUAUGGUUACCGACUAAAGGAAAAGUUAAAUGCAACGAAGAAAGCUUUGAAAGUAUGGAGUAGAAAUAUGGUUUCGAAGACAGACUCUAACAUCAAAAGAUAUGAGGAGGCCAUUGCUGUUAUUGAUUUAAAAGGUGAAGUGGCUCCUUUGUCUGAAGAAGAGAUGGGUGACAAAUACAUGGAACAAGUUGAUGAAAUCAAAGAAGAAUUCAAGAAGAUCUCAGCUGAAGAUAACCUCUUGCUACUUGCUCCAUUCAACGAAGAAGAAGUCAAACAAGCAGUGUGGAGUUGUGAAGGGUCUAAAGCAUCGGGAUCGGAUGGAUUUAAUUUCAAUUUUAUUAGGGAAAUGUGGGACUUAAUCAGAGGUGAUGUGAUGGGAUUUGUAAAUGAUUUUUACCAAAAUGGGAGAUUGGUCAAAGGAGCAAACAGUUCCUUCAUUGUGUUGAUACCUAAAGUUAACAACCCCCAGAAAAUUGAGGAGUUUAGGCCCAUAUCAUUAAUCGGAGUGAUGUACAAGGUGAUCGCGAAGCUUCUAGCAAAUAGAAUCAGCUCGGUUCUAGAUAGCAUCAUUGGAGAAAGUCAAAUGGCUUUUCUUAGAGGAAGACAAAUGGUUGAUAGCAUUGUAAUCGCCAAUGAAACAAUUGAUGCAGCGAAAAGAAACAAGAAGGCCAGCUUUGUGUUUAAACUGGACUUCGAGAAGGCAUAUGACAAGGUAUGUUGGGAGUUCCUUGAUUACAUGAUGUUGAGGAUGGGCUUCGAUCCUAAAUGGAGAAGGUGGAUAAAUGAAUGUUUGAAGUCAGUAGAGGUGUCAGUUCUUCUGAAUGGCAGUACUACUAGACAAGUGAAAAUGAACAGAGGCCUAAGACAAGGAGAUCCACUUUCUCCCUACUUAUUUUUACUGGUUGCAGAAGGUUUUAAUGGCAUCAUUUCUUCAGCAAUCAACCAGGGAUUAUUCGAAGGUGUCAAUAUUGGCAACAGGGGUAUGAGAGUGUCUCAUUUACAAUUUGCUGAUGACUCAAUUCUGUUUGGUAAAGUUGUGGAGGGUAAUAUAUGGGCAGCGAAGAGUAUAAUGAGAAUAUUUGAGCUGGUGUCGGGACUGAAAAUUAAUUUUGGGAAAAGUCAACUAAUGGGCAUUAAUGUAUCAGAUGCAUGGAUGUCAAAAAUGGCUCACAUUCUGAACUGCAAGCAAGGAGUAUUCCCCUGCAAAUAUUUGGGGGUGCCUAUUGGAGGUAGUGGUAAAAACAUUGCUAUGUGGAAACCUUUGAUUGAGACAUUUGAGAAGAAAUUGAGUUCAUGGAAAGGUUGGUUCCUCUCCUUUGGUGGAAGGAUUACUCUCCUUAAUGUAGUACUGUCCAAUCUUCCAGUGUUCACUAUGUCAACGCACCUGCUACCAAAAGGUGGAUUGAUUGGAUGCAAGAAUCGGGUCAUAAGGGAUCUUUAUGGUGGAGGAACAUAUGUAGGUUAGACCACAUUGAUAUUAAAAAUGAGGGAUGGAU